AUGGUCGGCCUACUCUUCCACGUGCUGUACUUGCUGGGCAAAUGCAUAUACGAUAGAUAUCGCUUCAGAAAACCGACAGUCUUGCCUGAUGUCGCGUAUGAAGAAGAAUUGUUCAAGCGCGAUUACGAUUACGAUGCGUUCGACGAUGAUUCGGAAUUGGAAGAUACGUUGUGGUGGUCGCACCGCAGGACCAUAGGCUGCUUUUAUCCACCGGCAUACGUACAGAGAUACGGUGCGGUGAUGAAUGUGCUUAAUGAUUACAAAGGAAAAUUGUGGAAGAUUGUUGACUAUGGAUGCAGCGAGCUAGGUUUAUUGGUAUACUUGAAAACAAUACCAGAAGUGGAACAGAUACUUUGUGUAGAUGUGGACAGAGAAGUUUUAGAAAGAUACAAGGAAAAAGCGGCACCAUUAACCACAGAAAUGCUGUCCACUCGACAAAGGAAACUUACAAUAGAGAUUUGUGAAGGCAGUGUAACAGACAAUGACACAAAAUUAAAGCAUGCAAAUGCUGUAAUUUGCAUUGAAUUGAUUGAACAUUUAUAUCCAGAUACAUUAAUGAAUCUUCCUUUUAAUAUUUUUGGCUAUAUUAAACCAGAAGUAGUAAUAAUAACAACACCAAAUGUGGAGUUUAAUGUAGUAUUUCCAAAUUUAUCAGGUUACAGACAUCCAGAUCAUAAGUUUGAAUGGACAAGGGAACAAUUUCAAGACUGGGCACAAAAUAUUGUGGUAAGGUAUCCAUAUUAUAGCGUGACGUUUCACGAAAUUUGUAAUGGACCUGAAGGCACUGAGGAAAUAGGUCCAUUAACACAGAUGGCAGUGUUUCAUCGAACUUUACCAAGAAAAGAAUCGAGACUAGAAAUUCUAAUUCCAGAUGAAUAUAUUCAGUUAAAAGGUCAACACUCAUUAUUCAAUACAGUAGCUACAUAUGAGUACUCUACAGGACAUGAUAUUCGUUCAGACGAACAAAAAAUACUGGAUGAAGCGACGUAUUACAUCAAUUAUUUAUCCUACAAUGUACAUAAUGAAGAUGAACCCAGGAGUUAUGAAAUAAACUUGGAGCGUAUAUUGUACUUCAUGACUAAGUACACCAUCUCGAUGGAAACACUGAGGUCGAUUCUAAUAGAUGCGGGAUGGAGCAUUGCAGAUCGAGAAAAUGGACCAGUAGUACUCAAUCCUUCCGUGGAUUCUUAUGACGAAAUGUCUAGCUUUGAAGACGAUAUGGAGAAUGACUGGAACAAUGAAUAUGAAGAUUUUGAAGAUUCUGAUUUUACAAAUGUGGAAAACAUAUGGGAUUAUACAACUGGACCACCCAUAAAUGAAACGGGUGUAAACGAAAACGAAAGAUAUUCAUCCGAAGAAAAUUUAUAUAUUGAAAAUUUGUAUGAAGAAUCUAGUAUUACAAACGAGGAAGAUAGAUGGGAUUAUGUAACUAAUCCAGUCAUAAAUGAGAUAUCUGCAGAUGCAAAUGAAGAAUAUUUAUCUGAACAAAAUUUGCAUACUCCGAUUUUGCAUGACAGUCCCAAUGUUACACAUGAGGGUGAAUGGGAUUAUGGAUCUGGCAUAAAUGAGACAUCUGCGUAUGUAGAUGAAGAAUAUUCAUGUACUCAAAAUCUUCAUACUGAACUACGUAAUUUUACAAAUGUAACAAACGCGAUGAAUAGAAGGGACUGUGAAUUUGAUGAUCCAUAUAUAAAUCAAUUAUCGGAUACAAGUGAAGAAUAUUUACUUGCGCAAAAUCCUCAUAUUGAAAAUUGGCACGAAGAACCUAGUAUUAUUAUCCCUGAAAAUUACUCUAUUAAUCAAGAGAAUACUUAUUUAUUUGAUGGCGAAAAUUAUUUAGCAGAAGAAUCUCAACUGUUACAAGAGCUAUAUACAACUAAUGACGAUAUUAAACAAUCAGAAGUUAGAAAUGCAGAAUCUUUAGUGUAUACUGAACAAGAAUUACCAAGUGAUUCAGUUCCUCUAAUUUCAAAUGAAGUAGAAAUGAAAGUUCGAGUAACUGCUUCUAAUAUAUCUGCAGCAGCACUUAAUAACAGUUUGACAUCAGAAACUUCAGUUAACGAUGUAGCAGUAGAAUCAGCUUUAUUACAAAGUGAUCAAAUAAAUCUAAGAACUAUGGAAAGAGUUACUUCAAUGUCAAAUUUUCCAUCGCGUAUGUCUGUUGUACGUUCAUCGACAUCGCCAACACUUUACUUCAGUUCUGAGAUGAACGACUCUUUGCAAGAUUUUAGUACAUGUUAUCAAACUGAAUCAUCAAUCAAUAAUCAAUGUUUAUUAAAUAGUACUUUUUAUCAAUCUGAAAUGGCAACUGCAGCAGCUACGAAUACAGAAGAUUCGACUUUGAAUGUAGAAGAUAUACCUUAUAAAAAUCAAAUUUAUGAAGAUAAUGAUAUGACAAAUAUGAUGUCAUCAGAUGUUUCUAGUUUUAAUAAUAAACCAAAAUAUACAAGUUCACCUCAUACAAAAAUACCCACUACUCAUAUUGUUACUAAAAGUUUGAAAUACAGAGAAUUAAUACCUGCAAUGAAUAGUAAUGUUUUGCUGGACACAGAAGAAAUUAAGGAAAUUAUAUCAGAUACCGAUAGUAUUUUAUCAAAAUCUAGUCAAGAGUCUAAUAGUAGUGUCACAGAAACAAUUAAACUACAUACAACUUCUUCGAGCAGUGAUUUUACAGAUACUUUAAGACACGACAUAGGCUUUUCUGCUACUAAUAGCACACAGCAAAACUUGUGUUUAGAAAAUAAGGAAUUUAGUGAUGUUGAUAAUUUUAUCUCUAUGGAAUUAAUACAAGGUACUAAUAAUAAAGAAUUCACGGAAAAUAGUAUCAAUGAUGAAUCUAGUGUGAACAAUAUACAAAAUGCAGAUGCAUCCCAUGGCUUAUCAUUAGGCAAUGAGAGUAUUAAUCAUAAAGAUAAGAGUGUACAUUGUACAUUAGCAAAAACAGAUGUAACAAAAGCACACUUAGAAAAUGUGAUUAGUGACCUUGCACAGUCAAGUAAACAGAAAAAGGAUUUAAAUCCGCCUACAGAGUUAUUAAGUUCCAAGUCACAGAGUGUUAGCAAAUACUCUUCAACUGAUUGUGCCAAAGAAUUUAGUAUUUUAAGAAAUGAUAAGUUUGUUCCUUGUAAAAGUAGUGAAGAUACAAAUAAUAUUUUCACGUCAGUAUUGAAAAAUGAAGAGAUUGUUAGUACAAGUAAAGAUGUAUCAAAUGUUGCUGGAGUGAAUAAUGUUGAAGUUAAGUCAUUUUCUCCACUUGAAACACCUCCGAACAGCUGGUCUCCCGAGAUCAUGGACUCUGGUUAUCCAAAUUCUGUUUCCGCUCAAGAUAUAACACCAGAAUAUGAGUUACCUAGCAUAGCUCAGGAUUAUAUACCAGAUUCCGAAUCGCCAAGUAUUGCGGAAGCGCCAAGACUUGGUGUCUUGGAACCGAUUGAGGUGGAAAACGGCGAUUUGGCAAAUAAUAACAGAGAUGAUGAAGGUAAUAAUAUGAUGGCUGUGGAUGCUGAUGAUAUUGAAAAUUUACAACCACUGAUUGACGUACUGGAAAACGAUCUGGAGAACGAAAACGAUAUUUACGUAGUGCAGAACGGUUUUCCUAUAUGGUUACUGAGGAUAUUGGAUAUGGCAAAUCCACUUGAUUUUGAUAUUCAAGCUCGACAAAAUCUGAGAAUUCCUGAUGAAGCUGCGGGCGACGUUAACUAUGUAGGUCAGGAUGAAGGUUUUGAUAGCAGUUCUUCAGAAAGUGAGAGUGACGUAGCUUAUAAUGAAAUGGAAAAUGAUAAAUGAACAUGGUAAAUAAAAAGAUUUUUCUUAAAGAGAAAAAGAAAGAAAAAGAGGAAGUAAAACAUGAGCGUGGUAUAAUAGCAGCAUUAAAG